GCAGGCUAGAAAAACUUUAUAAAUACCGGCGGAUCUUGGCAAAGCAAUGAAAAGAUUUAUAUAAGUACGAAGAGAGAGAGAGAGAGAGAGAGAGAGAAUGGUGAGAAUUCCUGAGGCUUCACUUGGUUCAAGUGAUAAGAAAAUUCCCAGAGUAGGAUUUGGAACAGCUGAAUUCCCUUUUGGUGAAUCUGCAGAAGUGAUAACAGAAUCAAUUGUUCAUGCUAUGAAGGUGGGUUAUCGGCACUUCGAUACUGCGUCGGUUUACAAGUCCGAGAAGUUCCUUGGAGAUGGAAUAUCAGAAGCUCUUCGCCUUGGGUAUAUCAAUUCCAGGGACCAGCUCUUUAUCACCUCCAAGCUAUGGUGCAGAGAUGCCCAUCAUGAUCUUGUCGUCCCUGCACUCAAGAAAACUCUUAUGAACUUAAAAUUGGAGUAUCUUGAUCUAUAUUUGAUUCAUUUUCCCAUAAGCUUAAUACCUGGAGAGCAAGAUUUUCCUUUUGAGAAGGAUGAACUUGUUCACAUGGAUAUUAAGGCUGUAUGGGAAGCUAUGGAAGAGUGUCAAAAGCGUGGCCUCACUAAAUCAAUUGGAGUUAGCAACUUUUCAUGCGAGAAGCUGCAAACCUUGUUAAACAUGGCAAAAAUCCCACCAGCUGUGAAUCAAGUUGAGAUGAGUCCACUUUGGCAGCAAAAGAAGCUAAUACAAUUUUGCAAGGAGAAGGGUGUUCAUAUCACUGCAUACUCUCCUUUGGGAGCUAAAGGAACUUUUUGGGGAACAAACCAAGUUCUAGAGAACCAAGUGCUGAAAGAGAUUGCUGAGGCUAGGGGAAAAACUGUAGCUCAGAUUUGUUUGAGAUGGGUGUAUGAACAAGGAGGGAGUCUAAUCGUAAAGAGCUUUAAUAAGGAAAGGAUGGAACAAAAUCUUGACAUUUUUGAAUGGAAGCUCAGUCUAGAGGAAUCCUACAGGAUAAGUCAACUUCCACAGCACAAAGCAUAUCCUGGGUUGAUAUUUAUCCAUGAGAAUGGCCCUUUCAAGUCUAUUGAGGAGUUCUGGGAUGGAGAAGUUUAAACAAAAAUAUUUAGUCCUCAACUUACACAUUGGGCUUAUCUCACUCCACCACAUCUUACUACUACUACUACUAUUGUUGUUGGAAUAAUGUGUUGGAAAACUAUUAUUUUGAUAUAUCCAAAAACCAAUAUCUCAUGUAAUUUAAUGAUUUGAACAUAUUGAAAUCAAUGUGAUUUUAUAUGGCAUACAUUAUUUUA